AUGAGCCUAAUCAUAGUAGUUUUGGCAAUUACACUUAUCCUCUCCAUUAUCUUGGUGAUUGUGUCAUUUUGACUCCCUCAGAUAACCCCGGACGCAGAAAAAUUAUCCCCCUAUGAGUGCGGUUUUGACCCCCGAGGAUCUGCCCGUAUGCCCUUCUCCUUGCGAUUCUUUCUAGUAGCAAUCUUAUUUCUGUUGUUUGACCUGGAAAUUGCCCUACUACUUCCCCUCCCCUGAGCCUACCAACUAGACAACCCAGUGAUGACCGUCGUGUGAGCCGGCGCUGUACUCGCCCUUCUAACACUGGGCCUAGUUUAUGAAUGACUUCAAGGAGGCCUUGAAUGAGCCGAAU